AGAUUGUCAUUCUGUUUGGGUGCAGUAGCUGGAAAAAUGGCAGCUGAUACAGGGAGAUACCGGAGUGCUGUUAGCAAAAGCAAAGACCCUUCAGGCUUACUUAUCUCUGUUAUAAGGACCCUGUCCAGCAGCGAUGACAAGCAGGACAGAGAGACGGAGAAGGGCCGCCUGGAGGAGGCGUUUGAGAAGUGCGACCGGGACCUGGAUGAGCAGAUCGUCCAACACUACGCUGAGCUGACCACCGCCAUCCGCACCUACCAGAGCAUCACCGAGAGAAUCACCAGCUCCCGUAACAAGAUCAAAGGGGUGAAGGAGAACCUGCUGUCCUGUAAGAUGCUGCUCCACUGCAAGAGGGAUGAACUGAGGAAGCUGUGGAUCGAAGGCAUCGAGCACAAACACGUCCUCAACCUGCUGGACGAGAUCGAGAGUAUCAAGCAGGUCCCACAGAGACUGGAGGCCUGCAUGGCCAGCAAGCACUACCUGCACGCCACCGACAUGCUGGUGUCAGCGGUGGAGUCUCUGGAGGGCCCCCUGCUGCAGGUGGAGGGUCUGGGGGACCUGCGUCUGGAGCUCCACAGUAAGAAGCUCAACAUCCACGUGGUCCUCAUCGACGAGCUGCACCGGCACCUCUACAUCAAGUCUACCAGCCGCCUGGGGACCAAGAACAAGGACAAGAACCAGGGACGCCACGGGGGCUCUACAACCAAAGACACGUCCCCUCUGCCCCAGCUGGACGUCAGCAGCCUGUCCAGCCCUCGCAAGCUGAUGGACUCCUCCCAGUUCAGCACCCCAGGGACCACCAGCAUGCGUGAGCUGCAGGCGCACCACGAGGCCCGCGAGGACCCUGACGUGCACCCGGAGGAGAACACCCAAGAGUUCAUGGGCGUCCUCAUCAAAGGCCUGGCCAAGCUCAAGAAGAUCCCUGAGGCUGUCAAGGCCAUCAUGGAGCGCCUGGAGCCUGAGCUGAAGCAGAUACUGAAGAGAUCCACUACCCAGAUAGCAGAUCACGCCUACCAGAGAGGAGAGAACCUAGCCACAGAGAGCCAGCCCAGGCUGCUGCUGGAACUGCUGGAGCUGCUGUUUGACAAGUUCAACGCGGUGGCUGCGGCCCACAGUGUGGUGCUGGCCCACCUGCAGCAGAUCGUGGUGUCCCCCAACGGAGCCCAGGAGGGCAUCAAGCUCUAUGAGCUAGCCGACGUCUCUGCUAAGAUCCAGACCGUGCUCCAGGUUCUGUUGAUGGACUACCUGGAUGUGAAGAACACUAAAAGUGCUGCCGAGCCCUCUGCCCAGCUCACCUACGCCAGCACCGGCAGCGAGUUCGCAGCCUUCUUCGCCAAGAAGAAACCCCAACGUGCCAAGCAGUCCCUCUUCAAGUUUGAGUCGUCGUCUCACGCCAUCAGCAUGAGUGCCUACCUGAGGGAACAGCGGAGAGAGCUGUACAGCAAGAGUGGAGAACUACAAGGUGGUGCAGAUGAUAACCUGAUCGAAGGAGGAGAGAUGAAGUUUGUCUGUAAACCUGGAGCCAGGAACAUCACAGUGAUCUUCCAGCCUCUCCUCAGGUUCAUCAAUGAGACAGAGCAGAACAUGGAUUCACCGGGGCAGGCCAAGCAGUGCCAGCUCCGGACCUUCCUGACCUACUACAUCAACGACCUGUUCCUGCACCAGGUCAGAACAGAGAUCAACAAGGAGAUCCGGGCCGUCAGCAAGACAGCAGACCCACUGAAAGUCCUGGCUAGUGCCGAUACUAUGAAGGUCCUGGCGGUGCAGAGGCCCCUGCUGCAGAGCACAGUAGUCGUGGAGAAGUCCAUCCAGGACCUGAUGACUCUGAUGCAGGACCUGAGUGCCUACUCCAACCAGUUCCUGGAGAUGGUCUGUGACAAGCUGAAGGAGUACAAGGAGGUCUGCAACACCUCUUACAGGGGCAUAGUCCAGUGUGAGGAGAAGCUGACCAUCAGUGCGUCGUGGUCUAAGGACGAGGACAUCAGCCGACUGCUCCAGUCUCUCCCCAACUGGGCUAACAUGGCCCAGCCCAGACAGCUCCGACAGAAGAGAGAGGAUGAGGAGGACUUUACCAGGGCGGCGUUUGCCAAGGAGUCAGAGGUGCUGACGGGUAACCUGGGUGACAAGCUGAUCCCGCAGAACGAGAUCCUGCGUGACGUGAGCGACCUGAAGGCCCUGGCCAACCUGCAGGAGAGCAUGGAGUGGCUGGCCUCCAGACUCAAAGGCUUCUUCAUCAACCUGCCCCACGCUGCCAGUGGAUCUCCAGGCUCGGACCCCCAGGUGACCAAUGAGAGCGUCCGCAGCAGGGACCAGAUCCUCCAGACUCUGACUGACCUGUCCAGGGCCUUCCAGGACAUCGCUGACCGCUGUCUGCUGGUCCUCCACUUGGAGGUCAGAGUGCAUUGUUUCCACUACCUGAUUCCCCUGGCCAAGCAGGGGAACUAUGCCAUAGUGGCCAACGUGGAGAGCAUGGACUACGACCCCUUGGUGGUCAAACUCAACAAGGACAUCAGCGCCAUCGAGGAGGUGAUGGGCGCCGCGCUGCAGCAGCACAAGUUCCAGUACAUCUUUGAAGGUCUUGGCCACCUGAUCUCCUGUAUUCUGAUCAAUGGAGCCCAGUACUUUAAGAGGAUCAGUGAGUCUGGCAUCAAGAAGAUGUGUAGGAACAUCUUUGUCCUGCAGCAGAACCUCACCAACAUCACCAUGUCUAGAGAGGCCGACCUGGACUUCGCUAGGCAGUACUAUGAGAUGCUGUACAACGCUGCAGAUGAGCUGCUCAACCUGGUAGUGGACCAGGGCGUUCGCUACACCGAGCUGGAGUACAUCCAUGCCCUCAGCCUGCUGCAGAGGAGCCAGACGGGCGUGGGAGACCUGAGCACGCAGAACGUCCGGCUGCAGCGCCUCAAGGAGAUCAUCUGCGAGCAGGCAGCCUUCAAGCAGGCCACCAAGGACAAGAAGAUCACUACUGUUUGAGAGGGGGGACAUCGGGAGGCUGUUGUUGGCAAUGGUCUGUUUGUAUUACUGUCCAGUGUUUCUCAACCUCCUGUCUGGAUAAAGGGUUUAGAUUAAAGCUAGUAUUUCAGAGCUGACCUAGCAGUGUCAGCUAACCGUCUGAGGGACUGGUCAGCACCUCCACAGGGACUGGUGUUGAACUGGGUGUGUAAAAGUCCUAACUGAGUCUUCAUUAGAUCCCAUGGCAGACCGUAAAUAACCAUGUAAUAUGUUUUGGGGGUUGAGAUAAUGCUGGUAGGCUGUACAUUAAUUAGUUACUGAUUUAAGGGUUGAACUUAGUUACCAAUAUGUAUCUGUUGUUGUAACUCAUCUGUUUAUUCACUGGCAAGAAUGCAGCCAAUUCCUCAAGAAAUCACACACACACACACACACACACACACACUCUCCAACUUAAAAAAUGACUCCCUUCAAUCAUCCCAUAUGUGGUCGGCCCUAGUCUCACCUGUGGAGAAUGGGGGAAUUUUCUGAGAGUCUGGCUUUGGGGCCUUUCUCAUCUCAUUGUCUCAUUACAUCUAACUGCUGCUCUCAAUUACAGCUCUACCUCCAGCUCUCCCUCGUGGGCCCGCUGACUGUGUCUGCAAUACCAGAUGCCAGAUUAGACUGUCUAGAUUAUCACUUCUCUCCCCCUGCUUGUGGCCAUUUUGUGGCCAUUCUUCUUCCCCAAGGACAAAGAAAGGAAUUGGUUCCCCACCUCAGCUGUGGUUCACUCUAUUUUUCUCUCACUUUUAGAAUAAUGUAGAUUGGAUAUAAUGUAGCUAUAGCCGAUUCUGAUUAUGGUAUUUGCCACUGUCCUGAAAUGCAUUGACUGUGCUGCAGCGUUGAGGUGUACAUGUGUGCUAUGGGAUGAGGGCCAAUAUAUCCAGUACAAUUUAAGUGUGUAUUUUGUCCCAACACUCAAGGUCUUGAACUUAAUAGGGAUGUAAUUGCAAAUCACUACUCCCCUUCCUACCACUACAACUGUUAACUUCUGCUAGAACUAUUCUAAAGUGAAUACACUUGCAAGGAGUCACAAAUCAUUCCUUCCCCUGCAUCCCCUCAGUAUAUUUAGUUAAUUAACUCAGAGGAAAAGUACUUAACAAGAGCGGGGGAGGGAGGAAAGAGAACAGGAGAGAGUUGUGGCAGUGCUGCUCACCAGAACCCAGCGGAACCAUCCAUCAUAAUGACAUGUAGGCUGGGAUCAAUAUGAGCCUUGUGGUUGCCGGAGGGAUUGCCUCGUGCCAUAGGAACAGCAUUUGUUUUACUCAGCACACUCAAGACGUACACGUACACACACACACAAUAAAUACGUACUAUAUUACACACACACUAUGGAGGUCUCUGGCUUGCAGUACUCUGCACAACUGAUUUGUUUUUUUUCUGCUGAUUUGGGAACAAGGGAACACUCCAUCUGGAUUUAAAUGAUCCGGUAUAUCGGACCCCUAUACCCACAUUUUAAAUAAUGGGGAAACUCAUUGUAAAGAUAUACAAAUAUAUUUCACUUUUUUUUUUACGCUUUGCUUUAUUUGUUUGUUUACUAAGACAUGUUGUUUUGCACAUCUACAGUGUGUAAUAUGAGAGUGGUUUCAUGUCUGAUGAGUUUUUUCACAAACAUCUGAUAAGAAUGGAGGUUAAUGAGUCCCGGUGUGAUUUAAGGAUGUAUUUGAUCCUUUCUCCAUUGUCUGUUAAACAUCCCUUUCAGACCAACGCUUUGACUAUCAAUCCUUCACCCAAAUAAAGAAAGAUGACUUGCCAUUGUGUACACUGAUCUUGCUGAAAUAAAACCUCAAAAUUCCCCUGUG